AUGGCUUUCAAUCGAUCCAGCACUUUAUCCAACCUCUCUAUAGAGGACGAGAGAUACCUCAGCCAACUGAGCCCUCAGAGUCGCCCAAUGGAUAUGUUCCAAAAAGGAUCAGACCCUCUUCCCGGCAAUUGGAACUAUGACAGCGCAAUCGAUCUAUUCUCUCUGAACCCCGUUGACAUGGACCCCGUCUCUUUCGACUUUGCCGACACUCUCACCUCUACCGACUCGAAAGAUAUCUUCAUGGAUCCCUUUGAAACUCCAACGGCCAUCAGUGGCUUCUCCAUGCCUACCGCAGAAGAUAACGUAUCUUUGUCAUCACCCCGGGGUUUGCGGAUCGGCGCUGACAUGUCAAAAAAGGAUUUCGAUAGUGACGAUCAGUCCUGGCCCCACCGGUCCAUUGAUAUAACCCCGAAAGCUGAACCAACCAACAACAAAUCCUCCAAGCCCGUGACCCGGAACUCCGUUCAAAGUACCACCUCCUCUAGCAGAUGGUCUUCCAGCCCGGAGAUGAAACCCCAAGAAUACACACCCCGGGCUGAUAAGUCUGUCACAUCCACAAACAGCCGGAAGACCCGCAGCUACUCUCAAGACUCCAAUCGUUCGUCAACAAGUCAAGACCCACAGAUGCGAAAUGCCGCAAAACGUGCGGCCCACAACAUUAUUGAGAAGCGCUACCGGACAAACAUGAACGCUAAGUUCCUUGCUCUUGAGAAGGCUAUCUCCCCCGCUGGAGUCCAGAAGCAAAGUUCCCGAGCUGGAGCUGGUUCUCUCAAGAAGUCCGAGAUCCUCACAAACGCCCUGGCUUACAUUGAGAGUGUUCAGCAAGAAAACUCAUCCUUGCACAAGGAGUUGGCGCUUCUCAAACAGAACAUGAUCCCUGGCAUGUGGCGACACUCAAAACAGCCCCGCGCAUAA